CGUCAAAAGACGCGUGGUUCGCUGGAGGGGUGAACAAUAAUGGCCGCGUUCGUGUGUGGUGUAUGACGUUUUCGGUGGAAUAGUGCACAGGCUCCAUGAAGAACUUGACAUUUGUAAUUCUUAUUGAUCGCAGUUUCGAAUAAGAAACUCCCGCCAUAAAAGUAACAUGGCGAACGCAUCAAAUGUUUUCCGGGUUGGAGGUGAGUGUGAUCACAAUAUAAACUUGGGGGAAUUUUUGACGAAAUGCUUCAACUUCCCUCGUCGUAAAAAAAUCUUUGGGACGUCGUUUUUGUCUCCCAGAUUUGAUAGCUUCACUCUUUGUGCAAACCUCAACUAGGAAAUAAAAGCUUUUCCUUGACAAAGGUGAUAAGUUUUAACGCGCGGACGAUUGCGUUAUUUUGCCUGUCUACCGGGCGAGUGAACAAAAGCCGUACGGUGUACGAACUUGUCGGGGACAUCAUUACACACUGUCCCUUCUUUUCUUGAAAACCCGAGGGAAAUCUCGUACAAUUGAUAUCUGGACACUGAUAAUCCUGUAAUUUGUCGAAAAAUGUAGAUACGAUUCAAUAAGAAAUGAAACUGAAACCGACAAACUUUCCGAAUUCGCCGCGAAUCGUCGUUGUCGUUUUCGUGCGCGCGAUACGGUUACCAACUAGCGGCCUGUCUUGGUGACCAUGUGCGUUUUCUUUCGCUGCAACCCGCCCAGUCAAUGAAAUUAGACGGUGACUAACAGCCCUAUUCUCUAUGCUAUUUACAGAUUAUGUGUAUGUUGAAACCAACCCGGCUUUACCGUAUCAAAUACGAAGAAUUGAGGAGUUGACCAAGGUAAAAAUUUAAGGUGGCUCUGUGCGUACUCAUAAAUAUGUUAAUUAUGCGAGGAUGUUUGAAAAUGAAACACACUUCAUCUUUUUUCUUAAGACAAGCAAUGGACAAGUGGAGGCAAAAGUCCAGUGUUUUUACAGAAAGCGAGAUUUAUCCUCGACGCUGGCAUUGCAAGCUGAAAGGCACUUAUGUAAGUAUCAGUUUUUUAAAGCUUUAGUUUGUAUCUUGUCAAAAAAGGUUGCCUGUAAAGUGCUCCUACACUUUCCUACGUUUUCUAUUUACAGGUAGCAAAAAGUGGUGGUAUAGUUUUUUCUUCUUCAUUGUCCUUAUAAAGUGGUUAAAUACAACUUAACAUAAUUUACCAUAUAAGUGACAUAAUUCAAUGUUGACCUAGACUAAUGUGGGACCUUGCUUCCAUGGUUAGCAUUCUUUUCUUCCUGACUUGGGAUAGUGCUCAGAAAGUAUACCUUGUAAAUAUCCUUUAAGCUUUAGACAGAAUUCUAUAGAUUCUGAGAAUAAGAAGGCUGGAAAUCACAUCUCUACUUCAAAAAUUUUGAUUUGGGCAUUUUUUUGCGUUGUCAUAUAUGUUUGUUUACUUUCAAAUGCAAAUAUUAUUUUUUUAAAAAUAUUGUUUGUGUAUCUCUUCUCCUUUCUUUAUUGUCAUCUGCGAAAAAUAAUAGAAAAGAAACACACAUUUCUGAUUAUUUAUCAAGAAAGUUGGUCUUUGUUUAGAUUUACCAGAACUAAUAAGUCAAUUGGAGGUUCUAGAAUGACAUGAAUUUUUCACUCUGUGUUUCAUCUCCUUAGCACAAGAAUUUUUAUAUGGUAAUUGUCAAUAACAGUUCAGAGAAAGACAUAUACCCCAGUUUUACUCAUUGCUUUGUGUUUAUAUUGCUCCCAGUCCACUGUGUGUAUCAAUAUUAUUAUUUCUAAGAAUUACUCACUUUUUGAAGUAACUAUCGGAUUUUCCAUUGAAAAGUGGAUUUUUCUGCUGUAUGGAGUUGUUUUUAUUUGUUACUAGAUUUAGGAAAGCAUAACAGAAAAUUUGUUGAACUGUGCUCUGUCCUUACAUGUACUAUGUUGUGUUGAUGAAAUCACCAGUAAAAUAGCUGGAAGUCUUAAGAAAGUAAAAUAUUAUCUGUACCCACUUAAUUUCCAUUUUUCUUAAGAUGAUGACCCAUGGUAUUUGUGUUUUUUAAUUUACCUUGUGCCCUGGGGACAUUGUGAUUAAUACUGAUUUAGAUAUACAGUAACAAUACUUAUGAUAUUCUUUGACACACAUGUAAUUUGAACCCAUGAUCUUUAGUAUAUAAUUUUCUUGGAUUUAAGAAGCUACUCUAUAUAUUCAAAUCCUUGGAUAACUGCUGCUUUUAGUAAAGAUUAAUAUCAUUACUGCAAAGUUCAAUAAAAUUAAGAUCAAUGUAGAGAUACAUAUUAAUGGUUGUCUUUCUCAAAUUAAGUCAAAUUCACAACUUUCCAUAUAACUGAAGGUAGUUGUCCAAAAAGUUAAAACUUUUGGCUGAACAAAAGCCUUUGGAAGCCUGAUAAACCCUCGAAGUUGAAAAAAUUUCUGCUGACCGAAACUUAACUUUUCAACUAACUUAACCUCAUCUCUUUUACAGCAAAAAUCUGUAGACUGACACAAAUUGAUUUUGUUCCUUAGACUGGUGAACUGUGUAGUUCACAAUGUGUUUGAGUUUUUUUAUGUGCACAGGGAAUAGGACAUAUCUAAGUAUAUGUUGUGGUGCAUUUUUUUCCUUUGUUCAUAUUUUUGAAUUCAGUAUGAUACAUUACCAUAAACAAAGAGUUUUCCUUACUUUCAUUGUAAACUUUCUUGGCUUUCCAUAUAUUUGUUUUCUGUGGCACACUUUUCAUGAUGUGCAUCAUACAAAUUCACCCACUGCAGUGCACUAUUUUGUCGAGUAUUUUUUAAAAGAUGUACCAGCAAUCCAAUAAUGCAUGAUUCUUAAAACUUAAGUUGACCUGAUGUGUUUGUGACUCUUAAAAAUACAUAUGUAAAUAAUCCUCAGAAGUAAGGUGGAGUUGAUGGCCAAAAAACAAGUUGUACCACAAAUCUUGACACAUCAGGGGUUUUAUAUUGUGUUACUACAGUGUACAAACAUGAUGUAAAAUUUAUUUGCAUAGUAUAUUUUUUUGGCAUUUUGACAAACAUUUUCUCUAAGUGUGAAAAUCUGAACCAAAAAACUUAUCUAAUGCAUGCCCAACAGAAGUGAUUUUCUAUCAUAAAAGUUUUGAAUUAUGUCCAUAAUGGUGCUAAUUAGAUUGUACUUAACAUUGAUGGUUUUACUAAUACUAAUUUUAGGUAUUUACAUGAUUUAUUCAAACGUAAUGUCAUGGUCUGGUUGUCACAAAGUAGUUGUUAUUUACCCACAGUCCGUGCCAGCACUGGUAGUGCUUUUGAACAAUAAUAUAUCAUGGUUUAAUACUAAAAGUGAUAAAAUUUUCUAGUUCAAUACCAUACCAUAAUAACUGAGUCUGGGAUCUUUAGUUACAAGACCAGUUCAGAAUAAAAAACUGUGAAACGUUUUUCAUUAACAUAUUUGAAGGUUAUUACCAGUCACUCAGCUUUAAAUAAAUGCAUGUUUUUUCGUGUAGCAUGCCAAGAUGUUAAAUUACUUGACUGUUAGAAAUUGUCAACACCUUCAGCAAGUUCCAGUGGAGUAUUUGGUUACUCAGGCCUUGAAGAAAGUUCUUUCAGGUCUUCCAUGACAAGCAGAUUUUCUCUUUGGGCAAGUAACCUCACUUGUCCAAUGGGCAAGGGUCGACACAAGUCAUCUUGUGAUUAUUUCAUUGGCUAACACAAGCUAGCAAUGGCACUGGGCAAGCAGAAUGCCAGAGCUGCUUGUACAUGUCUAAAGGACAUGCUGGAAUUCAAGCUUUUCUUUAGUAAUGUUUCUUAUGGAUGUUUGUUUUUACACAGUGCAAGCUGAGGAAGAUGCAGAAAUUGAAAUGGGAGAUAACGAAAUGGAAGAUUUAUUGAGACAUCAGCUGAGCCACAGAGAAGUAUUUUUGUCACGGCAAUAUGAAAACAUCAACGCUAAUACUAUAAGGUAAUAUUCUAGUUAAUCAGAUUUGAUGAUUUGCAGGGAGAAGUGCCCGUUAAUUGAAUUCACUAGGUAGAAAAGAAUUGGUUAAAAGUUCAUCAGCAUUUUUUUGGAGAUUACUAACUUAGCUGUAAGUUACUUGUCCAGGGUCUAAAAUUAACUUUGAUCUUGGUUCCCCUUUGGACAACCACCUUUUCUCUGAUCCAGGUGUCCGAGGUGAAAUCCCUUCACGUUACUUUAAAAGACAUGGUCAGCUAGUUUUCCAAAGUGACCGAAUUUUUGGAAGCCAUGAGUUUUGUUAAGGGAACAGCCGUGAAAAUAGACUUGAUUCAAAUUUAAUUCAGAUUUUGUCCACCAAAAUUGACAAAAAUAAUCCUAUUAAUGUGGAAAAUCAGAACUUGAUUUGCCAUACUUAACCCGUAAGGUCCCAAGAGUGACCGAUGUCAAUUUUCUCCUGACAGAAUCAGAACAUUAUCAAUGCUUUGGCCUCUUAUUUAAUUAUCUCAGCUAAUUCUUUCAGGAAAUGUAUGUUGAUCAGUCCAGAGAAUAUCGGGGUGUAAAGGGUUAAUACAGUUUGAAGCAAAAUAUGGACAAAUCUCUAAUAAUGGUUACCUUAUUGGUACUUAAUUUCGCUGGUCUUUAAAUUCGCGUUUUUUGUGAUUGCAAAAAAAUAGCAAAAUUAAAACCCCCCAAAAAUAAAUCCUUGUGAAAUUAAAAGCUGGUGAAAUUAAAUACCCAUAUAGAAAAUUCAAAUGACAGUUGACAUGUAAUAGCAACGAUAUGUAUCGACAAACACAAAUUGCUUUCUGGUUUUACUGGUAAGCUCCAUUUUGUAUCUUUUGCCGUGAAAUGAUGUUAGUUUGCAAAGAUUUCACAUAUCCCUUGUUCCAGUUUAUCUAAUUUUCUUAAUGGUUCAGACUUCUUAGAAAAAGAAAAUGAAGUUGAGAACAUUUAAAAUCGCAAAAUUUAAUACCCUUUUUUUCAUGUUAACUUGUUAAAUCGCAAAAAAAAACCCACAAAAUACUCUCUCACCAAAAUUCGGAAAUUACAACUGUAAGUACCUGGGAAAUUAAGUACCAAUGAGGUAUAUAACUUGGGCAUUAGCUUUGGCACAUUAAAAAUUCAUUGUACGAUUUUAAAAAGUGGUUCCAAAGAAAUUCCAAAGUGAGCCAGGUUAAUUUAUUUUAUUUUCUUUCAGAGGGAAAUGUUUGGUCACACUGUACAAUGAAGCAGAAGUUUUACCAAAGUAUUUAGAAAAAGAGGUGUGUUAAUAGUUUAAUUGAGUCAUGAGUUGACAACAUCUCAGUACUUUAGGGAAAAAUUGGAGGUUGUGUUUUUGAAAAAAAAAAGAAUACAUUAGAGAAGGAAUAAAAUGCAGUCAAACCAGCUGUAUUUCAAGCAUUCAACCUCUUUAAAGCGCUCACUUAUCUAAGUCCCAGAAAUCAUUUUUCUUAAAUACUGUAAGUAGAACUUACUUGUGUACAUAAGCUGUGAUCUCCUUUAGGUGGCCAUGAUUAUCUUUUCCAAGGUCUCAGCAAGUUAUUUUUAAUGGUCCUCACCUCUAUAAAGUGGUGACUUGGUCAAGAUGUACAUAACUAGUAAUGUGCUAGCUACACCGGGAUUAAGUGUUUAGCGGUCUUUUAUUUCCUUUCUUUUGGUACAAGAAUCAGUAGAAACACUUUGGGAUCUUUGGAGAUUUUGCUUUCUCACCACCUUCAUGUUCUUGAGGGACUCGUUGGUUUGUCAAACCUGUAUUUAAACAGUCAACCUCAAAGUGAUCAGUUGGCCAUUGCGAAAUGGUGACUGCUUAAUACAGGUUUAACUGGAAGAAAAAAAAUCUUGUCACAUCUUACUCAAGAAAUGUGUAAUCAAAAGUAAUUCUUGUUUUUAUAUUACCAUGUUGAAUAAAUUUCCUCCUCCUUGAUUUCAUCCAAAAGACUUUUAAAACUACAUUCCCCCAGUUGUUCAAACCCUGGAUAGCGCCAUCCACCAGAUCAAUUGAUCACUAUCCAGUGGAUAAAGGUUAGGGAAACUACUCGCAUGGAUAGUGUUAAUCACCUUUUGAACAACUGGGGCCAGAUAUAUAAAGACUUUAUAUACUACUAUGGUAUACUUAGUAUACCAUGCUCAAACCAUGAGACAACUAGAUUACACUUAUGUUGUAUUUUUUACAUAGGACUGGUUCCACUACUUCCUGGUUUAUGACCCACAACAAAAAACCUUAGUUGCAGACAGAGGUGAAAUGGGAAUUGGGACAGCAUAUCAGGCUCAUGUGCCCAAAACUGCUAUAAAAGGUAAUUUUUAUUGUUGGAGACUAAGAGGUUUUUAAACCAUUUAUCAAUUUAUAAUACAAUGGAAACUCAAAAUUUAAACAAACACUUACAGGAGCUUGCUGAGGUUUUGUCAAGGACUUUCUUUUUAAAAAUUUAAUUUUUUCACGAUUAAAUCUUGUCUUCAGACAUGAAACUACACUUUACUGUAAUGAGGCUAUGUGACAUGAUCCUAACUAGAAGUAGCAACAGCUACUACAUAAGAUAAAACUACAACAGCAAUUCUGGGAUGGAACAUUCUUGUUUAAUUUCCAGUAAAUAUGUUAAGUAUCAAUGAAAAAAAUUACUUGGGAUCUCCUUUGGCCCCUCAUUAUUGCUGAUGGUACUUCAAGAUUUUUUGUUGAUGAGCUAUUUAAAGAAGCUUGUGUUCUUUAUAGGGUUACAAGAUGACAGGGAUCUUUCAAAGCUUGAGACAUUAGUGUGGGAUCCAAACAAUCCUCUACAAGAUCAACACAUUGACCAGUUCCUCGUAAUAGCAAGGUAUAAUAAUAAUAAUUAAAAAUCCAGUGCUCACCUUUGACAUUUUCAAGGACCAGUGCUUGAGAAUUAUUGAUCAACAAGCCUCCCUGAGUAACCCAGCCCCUUCUAGGCUUCUAAGGUUCAUUAUAAAAAUUAUUAUUUUAGCAAGCUGUAAAGCUUGUCUUUGACUUUUUUCUGGAGCGCAGUGUCCCCGCACACCUCAACAAACAACAAGACAGUGAAUCUGUUCAGAUAUCUUUAAUGAGCAAACCUAGGCCGGCCUCUGAGGACUUGACAGAAGCCUCCAGAGUGGGAGGGAGGGAAAUAAAGAAAACAGCUACUCGAAAGACUAAGCAAGACACAUAUGAUCUGAUUACAACGUGAUGUCAGUCAAUGCCCAGCUGGCGUAACCGUUUGGUGUCCUGGGGCUAAUUAAGUUACUCCCUUGGAAUAUGAACACUUUUUCAUUGCUUCACUUACCCUUCCAAAACGUAUUUUAAUGACAGACUAGCUAGUGGCUUUGGGCAAGGAAAUAAACCUACAUGUACUUGCAUCCAACAUUUGAAAGAGUAGGAUGUACUCUUUUUUAAAAAAUCAAUAUUUAUCCAGGAGCAUCCAAUUUAGCAGAGUUAGUGUAAAUGGAGUCCCUGUUGAUCUGGACCUCUUUGACUAAAAAUGUCUUUUGCUUAUCCUUGUAAACCACUUACAGUGUGUACUGGUUAUUUGUUUGUUAUAGAUCCGUUGGAACAUUUGCAAGAGCACUUGACUGCAGCAGCUCAGUAAAACAGCCUAGCCUUCAUAUGAGUGCUGCAGCAGCUUCAAGGGAUAUUACUUUGGUGAGUGACUUUUUUCAUUAUCCUUAGUAAACCAGUAGACUUCAAAGGUUGAAUGUAGGCCAUUUUACAGUUACAUGUGGAAACGAGGCUGGAGUUGACAUUGUUUUGAUACAACCCUUCCUGCUUUAUUAUGUAAAUCAUGUUUUUCUUAUUCAAACUGGUAUUUUUAAGCAUAAUUUCCAUAUGAAAAGGAAAGAGGUUUGUAUCAAAACAAGGUCAACCUCAGGCUCACAUUCACUGAAAGGCUGGGAUUCUAAGCUCACAACUGUAAAAUGGUCUAUUUUUAAAGAUAUAUCAGAUGUUCUUGAAUACUUGUCAUUUAAUUUCUUUCUACCUCAGGAAAACUUUUUCAAAAAGGUUAAUGCUGUGGAUCUUAAUAGGCCAUUUGCACCAAGAGGUCAUAUGACAUUGUUUUUAUGAAAAUGAAAGUUAUAUUAUUUUACCUUCAAAAAGCGAUUAGUGGUAAUAUUUUAAGCAAAAUAAUAGUGAUUUGGUUUUGAGUAAGUUUGUAGCUUUUCAUGUGACCAAAUCCUGAUUUUUAAAAUAAUGAAUUACCUCUUUCUGAACUCAAAUUUCACUCUUAAACUUAAAGGAAAAAUAUUGAAAAGAUGAUGUGGUAAUGUUUACAGCACAUCUCAGAGUAACUCAAAUGUUUAACAAGAUACAAGCAAGGGGAGGUGCCCACAAUAACUCGUUCCUUAUGCUACGCGUAAUUCACAAGUUAAAAACUGAAUUAAAGUGGAAUUCUGAUUUUUUCAAAUCUUUGGCCAAGGUGGCGGUUGAGGGUUACAGUGUUUGAUUGGGGAAACAGGCCAAAUUGUGGUUUCAGGAUUGGGAUUCUAUUGUACAGUGGAGCCGCAAUGUACAUGUAACGACCCUCUAUAUGAAGAAGUCCUUGGUGUAAUGAAUGAUUUUCUUUACCCAAGUAAUAGUAAAGUUUAUAAAAAAGAGCCUUGAUAUAACAAAACCUUGUUAUAGCAAACAAUUUUUGCUAGUCCCCUGGCCCUUCAUUAUAUUGAGGUUCUGCUGUACUUUGAAUAUUUUGGUUAUCAUUUUAAAGAUCAAUUGACAAAUAUUUUUUAGGCUCAUGGCAUGUUUAUACUCCACAAUAACGGUUACAACAUUGGCAAGGCAAUAGCUAAUCUUGUUCCUGCCGGUGGACCUGUUCUGUGCCGGGAUGAGAUGGAAGAGUGGUCUGCAGGUUGGUUACUGGUGACAUUCAGUUUGUGUUGAUGUGGUGAAGUGAAGGUGUUUCUUCAGUAGGAUAAAUCUCUGUUUAGAACUCUCAAUCCGGAUUACCUGAGCCCAUUGGAAAUUGAAGGGAUUGUGUUUAAAUUUCACCCUCAUCUGGAGAAUUCAGUGAACCAUUAUUAGCAAACGUAAGCAAUGACAAUGGAGACUGCAACCAGAGCGAGAAAGAAAGCAAAGCAUGUGUAUCAUGUGUACAUUUCUUUGCAGUUGCUUGACUUCCAUGAUGUGUGAAAAUUCCUAACUUCACAUGAAAACUUGACAUUUAGACAUAAUUAUAUCAUUUAACAUUAAUGAGUUAAAGAACUAAUUGUUUAUCAAUUUUUUGCUAUUUUAGGAGAGGCAAACUUGUUUGAAGAAGCCCUUCAAAAAUAUGGAAAAGAUUUUUCAGACAUUCAAAAAGACUUUGUGAGUAGAACCUUAUGUAGAUUAUUAAUUUUAUGAUAAAUGCUCCAGUUUUUAGAGAUUUCAAAUUACAUUCUUUGCUGAGUUAUUAUUCAUUGUCAUAACACCCACAGUAGUUAUGGCUAUUUACUUUACUCUAUGAAUUAGGGUAAAAAAAUAUGUAGGUCUCAGAAAAAACUUUUCACUGGCUCAGCGUUUUCAGUUGAUGAGCAGUUCUCUAUAUACCUUGGACUACUCAAUGGUGUAUCAUUAAAAGACAAAAACUGUUAAUCUUGCAUAAAAAUCUUGGUUUUCCCAUCAUGGUCAAAAAAUUGAGUCCCUGACAGAUUUUAAACUGACAAGCUCUAGAAAGUAGUCGCACUAGGUUGCAGAGAGUUGCCAAGCAAGCUAGGUUUUACACUAAAGCAAGGUUUUAUUUUGUUCAUUGUAGCUUCCAUGGAAGAGUCUACCAAGUAUAGUUGAGUAUUAUUACAUGUGGAAAACCACAGACAGAUAUCUGCACCAGGUAGGCAGGGAACUUGAACAAAAUUAAUAAUACUUAAGUGUAUUUGGAAGUUAUCUUGACCUUUACGUUACCAUGCUCAUAUGGGAUGUUGUUAACAGACAAUCGUCUGCUCUGUUACUAAGGUUAUUUUUAAUGAUUUAAAAACUUCCUGAUGUAUGUGUUUGUGUUUCCUCUAAAUUUAACAUGAAGAAAGGCAUGGUUAUUUCAAUGUAUUACAGUAGUGUAUUAAGACAUAGUGUUUGUACACACAGUAACUGAUUGAAUUCUUUUGAGAACUAUUCUUGGUUUGCAACCACGUAACAAGGCAGCCAUGUUGGGGGUCAAAAUUUCUCGAAGAAUUUACACGACAAUACAGCUUAGUUCCCAGAUGAGAGAAAAGCUUUGGUUCUUGACCACUAACAUGGCCGCUGAGAUGCCGCAUGCAAACCAGCAAUUGUUGUAAAAAAAUGAAGACACUAGGGUUAGUAUAUUAUCAUUGUUCCAGCUAAAAUAACAUACAUUAUUUACAGGUAGACAUGUUCAUAUCAUUUUUACAAAAGUACCAUUUGAAUGAUAUGUUUUUACUUUUGUAUUUUGCAGAAACGACUCAAGGCUGUCUCCAAGGAAUGUAAUUUAACACAGAUAUACAUUCCUGGACUGUAAGUUAUUAUUGUUUUCUUGAUCACAACGUAACUUUUUUAAAACCGCCUAAAUUCAAAACGCACAGAGCCUGUUUUAUCUGCCCUUCCAAGUGUUCAAGCCUGCAGACACUUAUAUUUGUAAUUACUUUCAAAUACAAAAUAAACCAAUCCCUAUUCAAACAAGACACCAGUUAGACCAGAAGCUUAUUUUUAGAGCUUAAAUAACCCUUUGACAUGAAGAUAGGUUUGACCCAGAGGCUUUUUUAGAACUCUGUGUGAUCUGUUUAUUUUGAAGCUAGAGGAAAUGAAAAUGUGUGGUUCCAGAAAAUAUCCAGACCCCCACCACGGAGGGAAUUGGAAAUUCCAGGGGGGUGGGGGGUCAGAGGCCCAGGAAAUUCCAGAAGGGAGGGGGGUUGGACCAUAAAAUCACUUUCCAGGGGGGGCAAUAUCAUUUUGUUUUCGACCUGAGAUCGAACAUUGCUUCUUACCGACCUGGUAGAUCAUUUUUAGGACAUAAUAACUUGAAAUAUAUCACUUAAGAUUGUUCCUUUUAAUCUUAACCAGGUUUCCUUUCUUCCAAAAGCGUUUUGGAUGUAAUUUCAAAGGAAUUAGACCGACUACAACUCGUUUUAUCGCAUGCUCGUAUAUUCGGCCGCCAUUACUCGUUACCAGUCUUCCCCGAAAAAUCAACGCAUGCAACACAUCACGCAACACAACAUGUUGCGUCAGUCGAUCGAUAGAUCAGAAGAGUGGCAAUUUUGCCUCACGAAGCACAAGCUAUACAUUGUAACCAUUUUAGAAUGAAGAGUUUUUAUUCUCCUUUUCAUUUUCCCUUACUUUUGUGGUUAAACGUGUGGCAUGUUCUUGAUCGAAUUCUCGCUGAAAUGGUGUCGAUAAUUUUCACCAAACAUACGGCCAUCGCGCAUCACGUCGCAUCAGUCGAUCGAAAAACAGUAAAUUGAACUUGGUUUCCCUUCAAGUAUCUUCAAGAUGCAGGGGGUAUUCAUUGUUAUCAUUUCAGAAUUCAGAGUUUUUAUUCUCCUCUUUGUUUUGCAUUAAUUUUGUGGUCGUAAGUUUGACUUGUUCUGCAUUCCCGCACGAAAUGGCGUUAAUUCUAUCAACAUUACGCCCAUGAGACGAAUAACAAAUCGAAGCUUGCCCUGAUUAAGGUAAAUUCACAAAUAUAACCGAGUUGUUAACUUUCUCUGUUUCAUUAAAAGUAAGAGAUGAGCAAAAAUUACAGAUCAGGUUACUUUGUGGCGGUGUAGUGUGUUUUAAUGUUGCGAGAUCACUCAAAUAACUGGAUACAGAAGCAUACAAGCUUCUGAUGGAAACCGUUGGGUACUAACCAUAAGUUACCUCAUUCUUCUACUUUAAUAGUCUUUCUUCGUGAAAAUGAACUUUUCCAGAGGGGUUGGGGGGUCUUUGUCACAUUUGUGGAAAUUCCGAAGGGGUGGGGGGUCAUCAGUUCCCUGCAAAAAUGGAAAAUCCAGGGAGGUGGGGAGGUCCUAAGUGAAAUUCCCUCCGUGGUGGGGGUCUGGAUAUUUUCUGGAACUACACAAUUUACUUUACAAAUAUAACAUUGUCAGUAACAGUGGUCAAACCAGGUCUCUGAGAUUUUGUUCGUUUUUUAUUUUUUUAGUCGUUUGUUCAAAAAUAAUGACAUUGUGUAAAUUGUAAUUUAAUAAGAAGUCUAUUGAAGGGGCUGUGUCACGGCAGUCCAGUUCAUUUUGUUUAAUUUUACCAAUUACUCAGCGUCAAUCGCCAUGGAACUUAAAGUAAGCAAAGAAAUUACAGGUAAAUGACAAAAUUAGAGAUCCGAGACAAACAAAUAUGUCUCCUGAGCAUUAUUUUUGAAGUUGCAAGCAGCAGGUAUCAACUUUGAAAAACGGUUAGGCUGAACAGUUUUCAAAAACCCUAAUUCAAUCCAUUUCAAUCUUCUUCAGUUUUGCCCAUCCUUGGCAUCUGUUGUUUCUGUUAUGUUAUUUUAACCUUCCUUUAAAGUUUUAAGCGGUUAUUUUCAUGUUUCUCUUAAUUUUACUGGCAUUUUGUAAUUUCCUAAUUUGGCUGAAUUUCGUGACACAGCUCCUUUAAUUAUGAAAUUAUAUGUUAAGGUAAUUCAUAUGCACUAACAUUGAAAACACAGGAAAUAUCUGACUUUUUGUAGCAGCUAAAAAUGUUCAGUUUUCCAAUUUUUUCCUUGCUUAUGUUGUUCUUUUUCAUUUUAUUUUAUUUUUGUUUAGGGGUGGUAGUACGACUCAAUCAGGAAAAAAACAAACAUCAACUAUAAUAUUGACACCUCCACCAGGUGUGGCCAGCAAUCUUGUGGGUGUCUCGUGUGAGAGCUGCUAUGGUAUGUAGAGGUGACGCAGUAGUAUUACGAUAGUUGAAAUACUAUUGCAAUAGUUUCAAGAAUAGUGGUCUUCGUACAAAGAUACGAGGCGUAUCAAUAAGCACUGAGUCGGCCGACGAAACACCUUGGCUUUUUUGCUGAUAGAGGUCAGCUCCUUUUUUUCAAGAAAGAAGAAGCAACUAGUUUGAAUAACGUUGUAAACAAAAAAUUUAUCAAAAAAUCUGAAUGAAACGUGUUUUUAUGACGGCCCACUGGUUUUACGUUGCUUUAGUCAUGUGAACGCUAUAUUUCAGCCGUUUUUCACAAGUUUCCCUAUAGGUUUAUGCAGAAUUUGUUUACCUGCUAAAGUAUGUCAUUUAGUUUUCAUUUGUUCAUUGCUUGUAGGAAUUGAUUGUGUGACUGAUUGAAAGCUACAGUCUCCUGAAUGAAAAACGCACUCAUUUGUCCUCAAAUUUAGUCCGCAGAACGCUGAAAAUCGCAUUUUAGGACUUUGAAAUUUAAAAACUUUCUGGGUCAGAGCACGCCCAAACCCCCUCCUCACCCCCCUAGAAUAAGGGGACUAAUGGCCCUUUGUUCAUACAGUUCGUUACUCUAUUCAAACCUGCUGGCUACUUCAAGUUUUUGUUGAAACGCCUCGAUACUAUUGCAACAGUGCAUCUGCAAUCAUUAUUCAACCAAAAAUCAGAUGAUUGAUAGAGAGAUCUGUCUUUCACAUUAUGGACCAUUUAUUAUAAGGGUAAGAUUCUGGGGAUGUGUAUUAUCUAUAUUUAUGCAAAAGGCUUAUUCAGGCAGUAUGACAAGUCAAAUAAAAAUAUAACAACAAACAGAAUAACUUAAAUGCUCAUGGUCCCAUUAGUUAACUGUCUCAUUUAAUCUUAAGAAUAUUAUAGAUAUUUUUUAUUGUUUUUACUUAAUUUCUGCUCUCUUAAAUGCAAAAUAAGUGAAUUUUAAGGUUUAAACCUCACUUGGAACGUUACAGACAUGCCACACCUAUGAACAUCUAGCAAAGUUUGUUUUAUCUGGCAGUUUUUGAUGGUUUAUCUAGUAUAUUCAUUUUUUGCACUUGUGGUGUGUACAGGAACCUCAUCCCAACAAUGGUAUCCCUGGGGUGUACCAAACUCUCAGCACAAGUUCUGGCUUUGUACACUGUGCUGGAUUUACUGGAAGAAAUAUGGUGGAUUAAAAAGACCGGGUAAGCAUAUUAAACUCAUUCAAACAAAGCCAGAUAGUAACCACAACAUCAUCAACAACAAUUAUUCAAACUUAAAUUACACAUGACAAUGCUUGAUGCCCAUGAUUAGCUUAAGUACGUUAGUCAAGACAGGCACAAAAAAAAAUUGAUUAAUAAAUGAAUGAUAGAUAGAAACCUAGAUGCACUCUAGUCAUUCUUUUUUUUAUGUCUAGUUUGUAUCAAUAAUUAUUAGCCUGAAUUUCAUCCGAUUGCUUCGAGUCGUUUUCUCCUCUUACUGAGGGAGUAAUAACAACUCGAAGUAACCGGAUGAAAUUCAGGCUAAAUAAAUAUGGUGUAAGUUGCUGAUGAAAGUGUGACCUAUAGAUUAGAUUGAUAAUAUUCAUUAUAAUUAAUUAUUUAGCAGGACAUUGGAUAGACAAUCUAGUUUUUGUUACAUGCUUAUUUUAAUAUAUGCAAAGUCCAAGGACAGAGCCUUGGGGAACAGUGCAGCUCUAAAAUAAAAUGACAGCUUACCAAUAAAUUUAACACACAAGACUCAUUCGGUAUGCUUACAUAACUGAUUAAUUAAACAUCUGUUUUUCUUUCUUUAGAUGGUUUAUCUGGAAAGGGUCAUGGAGGCGGACUGGAAACGAGAUAUACGUGUAGAGUUUGUGGCAAAGUGUUUAACAGAGCAGGUUUGUGAAAUAGAUGCUUCACAGUAAGCUUUUUUUUAAAAAUAAUUUAUUUAUUUAACAUCAUUCAACAUAACAUUACAAUAAACUUUACAAUAACAGGGCGGCAAAUAAAAAGGAGGCGAAACAGUAAAAUAAAUAAAUAAAUAAACAAACAAGCAAAAUAAAGCGAAAUACGAAGGUUCAACAGAUUAACGACAACAAGCAGAACAAAUAGGAAAAUGUUUGCUAAAUUACUAUAAAUCCAACACUAAUCAGAAAUGCACAGCGUGGUCCACGUAUUUCUGUAUUUGUGAAGAUUUCCUUUUGUUAUUGCACAGUAAGCUUUCCUCUAAGACAGACAUUGCUGGGAAAAAGAAGUAUUAGCAUUCUCAAUACUGAAUCCUGACUGAGCUUGCAAUAGACCUAUUCAGCUAACUCAAUGUUGUACCCAAUUCAAAUCUCCCGGGGAUAAGAUUCUUUGUGUAUUGUAUUUGCAUUAUAAUGUGGCAUUCACAUUUAAAUGAUAUGGAAAUUCCUGAAACAAAACAUUUUAUUCCCAAAGGGUUUGAAUUGGGUACAACAUUGAGUUAGCCGAAAAGGUCUAUUAGGCAUGAAAUAAAGUUGUCUUGCACUGAGGAUGUGGGUACAAAACGGGAUAUCAGUUUUUUUGCAUGAUUUAUUUAUUGUUUUUGGUGAACAGCAUUCUUAAUGUCUUGAACCUUAUCCAGUCCAAAAAAAGUUGACUGAAGUGUAUUAAGGGUAACAAAGUUUUUUUUUGUGUGUGUGAGUUAGGUUUUUUUUUAUUUUUCUUAUUUUAACAUUGCCCAUAAUACCAUUUCAUCGUUCACUAAAUUUCUGCAUGUGUUCAAUUUCUCUUGGUACAAUACCCUUCUAUUAAUUUUUGUGGUGUUUGAUAGAUUUAUUAAUCAAGUGCUGUUGCUUUGUUGUUUUGCAGACAAAUGCCAUUCAGUGUGCGAGAAUGGUUGAGAUUUACUAAAAAUAGUCCUUCUACAAGAAAUUCACUGCUUUUUUUGACAUUUUUCUUAUCUGCAGAGCGUCUCUCCAGCCACAUGUCAAUUCACAAAAUGUACAAAUGUGCAGUGUCACGGUGUGACAAGGUCAGUUUUGGGGUUUACAUAGAAAGCUUUUUUAGCUUAGAAAAAGUAUUUUAAGGUUGAGUUUAGUAGCACAGUUGUGUCUUAUGUUAUGUGCGUAUUCUGAUACUCAAUUUAAAUGAUAUUUCAUAUGGAAGGAAGCAACAAGCUAUAAAUUAUGCUUUACAAGAUUAUUGCUAAUGGAACUGCAAGUCUGUCGGUGAAAGCCUAAAGCUGGGCCAUUUGAAGCCCAUAAAUGCUUUGUUUUGUUAUUUGUUUGUUGAUGUUACUCAAGGUUAUUCAUUUCACUAAAUUUUUUUUCUGAAGGCAUUUUAACGUCCGCGGAAACAAAACCCUUUUCUGAUAUAAUUUCAUUAUUAAAAUUUUUUAAUGAAACUGACUGUUCUAAUUUGAUUUUCUUGGACAUCUCGGUAUUUUCAUGGAUGCAAAGAGUUAAGAUGUAGGUUCCUUUAACCUGAUUUUAAUCAUGGUUGCUUUGUUGGAAUUGAAGUAUAACAAAUUUCUGCUAUUUGUUCCUUGCAGGUGUUUAAUUCGCGUCCAAACCUCACUCGGCAUCUAACGGCUGUGCAUGGGUACAGGCCACCCAGCCCACGCAAACUAAAACCCAGGUCACCAUUCUAUAUGAAAGCCACACCGCUGACCAGACUUUCUCGGCGGCUCUGUCAGGAACUGUAUAAUAAAGUGCAUCACUGCCGAGUGCCCGGAGGGGCAUUAAACACACAGGAAAUCAGAUCCCAAUGUAUGUGGAUUGAUUUGACUCAUAACUAUAAAUUUUGUAAUCGCCGCGGUUUCAGAUCAUGAGAUUGUUGUAUUUAAGCUUCUCUGGUUUACCUGCCUCCUACCUGCUCGCGCUGAGAGCAUGAUCUGGGGGGCUUGAUCCAGUUAGCGUUAGAACAAACCAAUGAAGUUCUGAAACUGUUAGCUCCUACUCUCGUCAAGGGAACAGAUGUACAAUCAAUUCUUCUUAGGCAGUCAUCUCUAUCCAACGGACACUUGGAAUUAGUCUCUUUCUCAAGUCAUUUUCUCUGACUCUCUAUAAGGCGGAUACCUUGAACCUCGUUUCCAGGGCUUUUCCCUUAGAAAAUAGAAAUAAGCCUAAAAACGAGGACGGAAUACCUUUUCAAGAGGGUCAAGUGCCGGUUCCGACGGUGUCCGCCUUAGAGAAGGUCGACUGUUACCUAUCUUGUAUUCUCUGUUGUGCUCAAAUCAAGGUUUUAUUUUCAGGUUUAAAGAGGCUUGAGACACCCAAAGCAGACGCCAUAAUCAAGGCCAAAAAGCAGAUGAAAACACGAAAAAUCCAUGAUGUCGUCGACAAAAUCAAAGCAAAUCCUCCUAAACCGCGCAAACCAAGACCGCCAAAGCCAACGCUCCUACCCAUCCCUAAGGAACAAUCGCCAACCACACCCUCACCACCCACCCCUACAGGACAUUCAAUCACCUCCCCAUCCCGGAAAAUGAUUCCCCCUUCCAAAAGUUAUGUGCCGAUUCAGCCGACCCCACCCAAGGCGAGUGACUGGAAAUAUGCGGCUAUACCCUCAGCUAAACCUGUUGUUCAAAACCAACCGCUUCCUACACAAACCAGUAACCACAUGAUGUCUCGGAAGAGAUCUCACGAUGGCGGCCAAGUUCAACAGAAUGGAAUUGAUGGUAAGAUACUAGAGAUCAUUAGGUUACAAGACGUGGUAGUGUACAGUAGUGCACGCGCGUGAACUAGCGUCAUUUUGGCGAGAAAACAUGGUAGCCGUCGUCAUUCUACUACGAGUACGUUUAGCGAGAUUAGGGAGCUUAAAGGUGAUGUUACACGGGAUGUUUCGCAACGACGCUUAUUAGAGCAACGCGACGUUGCAGCAUUGGUUUGAAUAGCUGCAACAUUGUUCCAACAUUGCAACGCUUUGUUCCGACGACGACGGCGACGUCAACGAGAACGGCAAACAAUAGGUUGGAUUGGCAAAACAGCAACCCUCACGUGCAUCGUGCAUUUUUGCCGUCGCUACACGACUACGACUUGAAAAUGCCGAAUUUCUUGUUUUAUGGAGGGCGUGAACUCAAGACAACGACUUUUCUUUUCUUUUCCUGAAGUUCGAUACAGUCUUUUAGAACUCAAGUCCAAAAAAUACUGCCAACAUUUGACGAAUUAAAUGACAUGGAAUAAGAGCGAUCAAGUUUGAAGCAGUGCGGCUUCCUUUAUAAAUGACAUUUUCGCAGCCGUCGUUGUUGCUUAAGCUCCGUAAUGUCGUAGUGACGGAAACAAGUUAUCAGAUGUUAGAAGUUUUAUUAUUUUGCGAUCCUUCAUUAAAAAUAACCGCUUUAAAGGAUAAUACGAAGAUGACAAUCAACGCAAAUACAGUAGCCGACGCGCAGGGCGGGAAAACGCGUGAGAAUUUGGCAAAGCUACGCGAGUUUGUUGGACAGUAACAUACCCUUAACAAUGUAAACCAAAGCAAUACCAAAGUCAACCAAAUCUGGUCUGUUUAUUUCUGCAGGCCCCUCACCAAAGAGGCUCAGCGCAACUUCUCCUUUAGGAAAGAAAGGCUGCGAGUGCACUUAUUGCGGCAAGAUUCUUCACAAUCAGGGUGAGUCUCUUAUGUUUCUCCGGAGGAUGGGGGACUGCAGAGAUUUGUUUAUUCAUACUAUAUAUGGAAUUUGCGUUAGUUUUUUUUAAAAUGUUUCGUAGUUUAGAAGGAGAAUGCAUCUACAGAAAACUGCAACUUUUCCAGAAACUCUUUCAUUUUUACGAUACGUUUAACCCGCUGAUCGCGUAGGCUAAUUUUAGCGAGCACUAGAGGGAAUAGACUGAGACACCAGACCAGUCUGCCAGCAGAUGAGAUUCUGUCUUUACUGGCUCAACAAGUGAUAUUUCUGGUAUCUAACCAUCCCCUUAAACAAAACGAAAAACAACAUUUUCAUGAAUGCCAAGGUAUUACGUUGUUAAUGAACCAGAAUUGAAAUGUUUACUCUUUCUUUCUUAAUUUGUUUAUAGCAAGUCUAAUACACCAUGAACAAACAAUGCACACGUCCACCGAGCCACCAAAACAGCGGUCAUACCCAGCAUACUGUGACGUCAGUCCAGCUCUAGGUCCCGGAUCUACCAAGAUCGUGCCUUACGCCCAACACUCAGUGACGUCAUACAUUAACGGCCAGCUCCAUGUAGAACGAGCUGUGCCCAACUAUGCUGCCCAAAGCGCGGGAAACAAGCCCUACCUGCUCCCCAAACCCCCUACUACUGCACCUGCACCUGCACCUGCACCUGCACCUGCACCUGCCAUCAAGGUAGAGGGUGGAGUGACUGCAAAUGCGGCGAGUAAUGCUGUGCCAAACAAAGUGAUUGUAAGUCAGAAUACCAAACCAGUCGUUCAUAACAAGCCAGCUCCGUCAGUGAAGCAUGUUAUGUCAAAAGGCGGUAUCCAUCCACAGUUUAUUGAUCCCCCCGAGGAGUUUCAAUUCUUGUCGAACAAGCAUUCGAGGUAAGUAAGUUGGCAUUAUUAUUGUUAUUAGAGAAAUGUUAAAGCGGCGAAGUUUGUAAAAUAAAGUAUUCAAGUUUUAUUCUACGAUUUUGUUAAUUAUUUCAUUACUUUGCCGUCGCGAUCGGUCCACAGGGUCCAAAAUUACGCCUUCCUGGUCGCCAAUGCGACUAAAAAUUUAGUCCUGGCGACCAGAAUUUCAUAGGUGGUCGCCAGCUAGUGACUUGUAAAGCUGGUUGUUAUUGUGUACUUAAACGUUCGGAGAAACUGAUUAAGAAUUUAAACCUCUAAGCUAUUUGCCAACAGGUGUCUUACUUUUUGUCCAGCUGAUAUUUUUUAAUUAAAAGUGAAACGAAUCUUCCUGUAAUAAUACCUCCACAACAGCUACGAUCAAUACGAGUUGAACAUUUCCAAGCCGCCAUGUUGUUUUCAGCUGAAAUACGGUAAGUACGUUAUGUACUUUGUGGACUGGUACAAGUAAUGUGGCACAGUUGUGGCCUGGUACGAGCAACAUGGCGGCUAUGUUUCGUGGUAGUUAACGGAAGAAAAUAGAGUUUUGAUAUGAUCAGUGCAGUCAUGAGCAGACAGCUUUCUGUUCCUACGUUCUAGGCCAGAUAGCUUUACAUUUAUAUCUUCAAAAAGUAAUUUGUGGAAAAAAUAAGACUUCACUCGUACACGUACGGUUGCUUUCUGGUAUCGGGAGCGGGAGUAGUGCAACUUUUGAGCACAAAAACGUCCAUACCAUGCAUUUUUUAUUCGUGUUUAAACUUUUAUUUGAAAAAAAGGGAGGGGGAAUUUUUGGCGACCACAAUUUUCCCUCUGGCGACCAAAAAUAUAUACUUGAUCGCCAGCUGGCGCUCGUAUUAAAAAGUUAAUUUCGGACCCUGGUCCACCUACUUUAUCUUCGAGAGAUUUGCUUCUGCUUAUCGCCGGGGUAGCCUUAUUUUAGGCGUUCAGAUUGUGACAACAGCGCAAAAAGAUGUUAACGGGAAAAAACCAGCGAGGAGUGGGGUAGGGGUUGAGGAAACGCGUGCUCUACUACUCUCCGGGUUGUUGUAAGUAGGAGAAUGAGAUCCCUGUGGUCAUAGCAUUUACUCUUUCUCUGUAAUUUUUCUUUUCACAGGAAAGCCCGCAGGGCGUUGUCAGUUGAGACUCAAAGGAGAGUAUCUCGGAGGCCAUGGAAAGAGGUCAAGUGUAGUGUCAAUCUUCGUGCUCUAAUUUAUGCCAUGCCCCAACCACCACAAAUGGAUGCUGUUGAACCUAUAGUCAUCGAUGAUGACUGAACAAGAGUCCGACCUUUUGAUGUCAUUGGACCCCUGAGGGGGAUUUGAGAGUUACAAACGUGAUAGAGGUGUUUUAUCGCGUGCUUUGCUUUCUGAAUAACGCUUUGCGGGGCACUUCUAAGACGGUGUGCAUAAAACGUGCACACCACUUGCUCGUAAUUCCAAGUUCACGCGGAUGGGCGUCUUAGAUCACGUGAAUGUCCACAAGCACAAGGAUCACUUGACUAAAUGGUUCGAAUGUGCUCUGCACAAAAAAAAAACGCUAACUAAAAAAGGGCGACACUAAUUACAGCCUACUAGAUUGCGAUUUCUUUUAACAGAAUAUUUGUUUCCUGUUACUGGUGUCACACUUUUGACAACCGAUUGCUGUUUCAUUGACAUCGGAAAAUGUGUUUCGACCGUAUAAUAAUAACUUAGUGGGGAAGAAACCCGUACACGUGUUUCGUGGAACUUUUCGCACUGAUUUUUCACCGUUGCUUUUCCGCAGUUAGGCAUAGCACGUGGGUGAAGUUGGCAAAGACGGGCGUUGGUUACAUCGCAAAUUUUAUCUUACCUUGUCCCGAAAGGUGGAAAAAGUUUACCCAGGUUAAGCCAAAUUUUAAGCAAAGUUUCUUUACUUGGAACAUGUAUCUGGACCUUACAAAACACAGGCCAAUCCUAUCUCCGAAAUCCAGAUAUGACUACACAAAAUAAUCCUGAAUAAUCGAAAGGAAGAGAAAAAAUCGUGGAUUAGAAUUUUAAUUCAGAAUAGUGCUAUAAAUCGGCCUUCUAGGAACCGAACAGUGUUCUUAAAUCUUCGAUAAAAGAGGCCGUUCACGGCUGUUUUCAACCACGUUACUAGAUUGAAAGUGUUUUGCACUCAUACUGAACCAUGCCCCUCUCGUUUGUGUUCUUCGUUUUACUACUCAGUACAUUUUUCUUAAGUUAUAUAUCCGUUCUACGCUUUCCACCUAUCUUUGCCAACUUUUUCUGAGUGCAAGCGAAUGCUUCUGUGGUUGAGUUUCGGGAAUGUUUUGCGAUGGUCAGGUAUCAGUGUAGAUUAGAGCUAAUACAAAGAAAUACAUAUAAUUCACAACUGCGCAGAAAGACCUUAAAGUAAUAUGUUUUCAGUACAUUGUACAAUAGAGUUGAUGGCGUAUUCCUUUUAUACCAAGAAAACUAUCUAAUGCAUCAGAUUUUUAUUUUAAAAGUUCUUUGUGGUAAGUGUUUUGAUGUAUAUGUAAUUAUUUAUUUGGUCUUUGACAAGACUGUAAGUGGGAAAACUAUGAAAAAAAGCUAGGAUUGAAAUGCAGCUUAAAUCCAGAACAAAGAAAUGAAUGCCAUUUUGAAAGAAGUUUCCAACUGCAUUUUGUUCCUAUAUUUGGUUCCUUCAAGCUACGAGCGAUUUUCGUACUAGUUUCCCGAGUAAUUAUCGAUUAUUGACUUCGGCAAUUACCUUCUUCAGCUCCGAAGUCUUAAUACCUUACGACAGGCUCAAGCAUACCAAGUUCAUGUAUAGCCUCUUUUGCAGGGAACUCUGAAGGGCUGGAGAGGGCGUCGAACUGAACUCCUCUCUAGUUUGCGUCUCUUUUAUACUAGGCGAUCAAUUAACCUUCCCUAUAGACCUAAACACAUACGAUCGUUUGCACUUGAUAACGGUCAUUUACGAAAAUUGAACAGCGCGUCACGUUUGCCUUGCGUGUCGGUGUAAGAGGGAAAUCGCGGUAACCGUCAUUCCGCAUAUUCUGCGGCUGCGCAUAUUUCCUUGCCAGCACCACCCUUCAGGUCUCUUCCAGGAGCUUUGGUUUCUCCUUUUCUCGUUUUGAGAAGAAGGCUACUUUAACUUAUGCUUGAGGCAGAUUCUUAAAGACUAAAUUAUCCUUCAAGACCUUCAAUAAAAUUUGUAUAUAGUC